AUGGCGACACUAGCUUCUCGCAUCCAGGAGCGUGCGAGUCAAUUCAUCUCAGAACAGGCACAUCUUCAAUCUCUACAGGCAGAGUUAGGAAUUGCAACUUCUGUAUUGACUGAUGAAACUAAACGCACACAAGAAUGUGUUAGAAGUCUACUCGAUGUGUCACAUGAUCGUUUCGGCAUUGAACGGAAAAUCUGUGAUAUAAACCAACAAAUCGAGGCUUACAGUAAACUCAACACAUCGCUUCGAACCGAUACACAGCGACUAGAAGAAUCAGCUCGCAUAGCACACGAAAAAUUGGAAGACGAUAUCAACAACGUUUUUGCUCCGCACGAUUCCAACAUUGCUGUGUACUGCCAAGCUCUGGACUCGGCCAUUGCACGAAGCAAACGACGAAGAACCGAAGAUAAGGAGCGAUGUAAAAAUAUUCAAGCGCGAAUCGCAAUUCUGCAAAUCGAAGAGGAACAAUAUUGGAGAGAGACAUCGCAGUUGGAGACCGAUAUAAAUCGCUUGGAAGUAGAGGAGAUCCAAAGUGACAGGGUGAUUACAUCUCUCGGGAAAAAGGUUCAAGAUUCGCUUUCCAAGCGAGUCUCACUGCGGCAAUCCUUGAGGAAAGGUCCGUGCGACACAUCCAGUAGCGAUGGAGAUGCCUAA